AUGGAGAUCGGGGGGUUCCAUGGUGGUUUCUCGGGGCCUAGGGGCCUCUCUGAGUUGAAUGACGCGUUAAAAAGACGUGUUUUUUGUAGGAUGGAUGGGAACGACAAGUCUCCUAGCUAUAAUCUUCUCAGCUGGCAGUUGGGUGAUUCCGACAAGGAGAACUGGGUUCCGGGAACACAGAUGUCGAAUCCACGUCGAUCUCGCCGGGGUGCCUCGCAGAUGCGGCGUCCCGUGCUGAGAGAGGCAGGCAUGAGCAGCAACAACAACGCCGUCGAUGAUGGCAAACGAGAACGAGCAUUGCGGACUCUCCGUGAUAAUGCCAACAAACAGAACGAAAUCAAGCUACCUUCCAAACUGGACGACGAGGUCAAGGCAUUUAUGUCUGAAUCGGGUGCCUCGAGCCGGGAGGAAGACUUGGAUUGUAUUCAGGGACUAUUAUCACUAAGUCAGGGCGCGUGGCGAUGA